UGGGGCUCACAACCCUGGAGAGAAGAGAAGAUAGCGGUGUACAGGGUGGCGAGCGGAGUGGAGCAUUUGGACAGAGAGGACCUGUGUGUGUGGAACAAGAGAGAAACGAGAGGACAUGGAAAGAAGUUGAGGGCGACCACGUGUAGGCGAGAUGUGAAAAAAGUUUAGCUUCCCAAACAGAAGCAUUGAGCUAUGGAAUAGGCUGGAGGAGGAGGUGGUUUGUGCAAGAAACAUUCAUGAUUUUAAGGAAACAUUGGACAAGAGCGGAUAUGGAGACGGGACAGCGCGAGCGUAGCUCUUUUCCCGUAUGUCACAACUACGUAAAAUACAACUAGGUAAUACACACACACACACACACACUGAACGGUCUGAACCCCUCACUCAGUCGGAGUCAGUCACUCACGUACGGACCGCCAUCGUGAACACACACACACACACACACACACACUGAACGGUCUGAACCCCUCACUCAGUCGGAGUCAGUCACUCACGUACAGACCGCCAUCGUGAACACACACACGCACACACAUACCUCAAUCCUCCCUCGGGGCAAAUAUGCUCUCCGGCUGACGUGACUUCGCAAGAAUGAGAGAAGUGAAAAAUAACAAAAGAAAAAGAUGAAGUGAAACAAAGAAAAUAAAAAAAAGGGAAUGACUUACGUGACUUGAUCGAGAAAGGUCAGAGAAGGAGAGUGAGAAGAGUGCGUUUGUCUCCUCUUGUGUUAGUGUGUGUGUUUGUGUGUACUUGGGGUGUGUGCGGGUUUGGCUGGUCCUUGUUGGGCGUGUAGACCUGUGUAGGCAUAAUAGGAUGGAGACGCACACAAGAUACCACACUUUCACGUUGCCUCACUCAUCCUCAGAGGUGGGCGAUGGCGGAGGCGGAAGCGGCAGGGGUGAAGAAGAGGAGAGGGUGGUGGCGGCGGUGUCAGCAGGUUAUUCUGUGGCCGAGGGGGCGGGAGAACACAGGCCAGCAAGGGUGGAUCUCAAUGUGAUGAAGAGGAACAUGGCCAUUGCCAAAGGCUUCCUCGACAUCAGCCUCCUGUCAGCCAACGCAAACCAGCUGAAGAACGUGAUUAACUUCGGCGACCACGAGAGUAAUUUGUACUACCUGGUUCUCACGGGCAUUAUUCUCAGCCUCAUUUUGCAGGUAGCAGCGGGCGUGGUUCUCAUCGUGGCCGAGCGGUUCGACAUCAACAACGAGGAGGAGCAGGAGCGCGGGGACUACCUCAACACCGUGGUCACCUGCCUCGUCUUCCUCGUCCUCAUCAUCAACGUCUUCGUGGCCAGCCUGGGCGUCAGCGUGGGCAGCCCGCACCCCCUCCCCCCCCACCACUACGAUGACCACGGCCCCUCCAUAGCCUCGAGUACUAGCGGUGUGUUGAAGGACCAUCUUGGGGGGACUUAGAGAGAGAGAGAGAGAGAGAGAGAGAGAGAGAGAGAGAGAGAGAGAGAGAGAGAGAGAGAGAGAGAGAGAGAGAGAAUUAGCUUAGUUACAUUAUUCAUUCUAAAUCAUUCAUAUUCAUAAUGACAAGUGCGCUCGGAGAGGCCUAUUUUCUACAGUGGAUUGAUACAAGCUGAAGAGGAGGAUAAUGAAGUGCGAAAUGAUGGUGAGAUAGAUGAUGAUGAUAAUGGAGUGCGAAAUAAUGGUGUGGUAGAUGAUGAUGAUAAUGGAGUGCGAAAUAAUGGUGUGGUAGAUGAUGAUGAUAAUGGAGUGCGAAAUAAUGGUGUGGUAGAUGAUGAUGAUAAUGGAGUGCGAAAUAAUGGUGUGGUAGAUGAUGAUGAUAAUGGAGUGCGAAAUAAUGGUGUGGUAGAUGAUGAUGAUAAUGGAGUGCGAAAUAAUGGUG